AUGCAUGCUCUCAAGAACCAGUACAACCCCGGUGGUAUCGCCGCCGGCUACGACUUCUACUCGAUCGCUGGCACAAGGGUUACGUACGUCUGCAAUAUCGGCUCGGCCUCGUGGACGUGCACCGUCAAUGAUCUCACCAACGACCAUGCGCACACCACGCAGGUUUGCGGCUGGCACAAGUCUGGCUGA